CUGAACUCUCAUCUGUCAACACUGGCAAAUAUUCAUAAAAUCUACCACACCCUUAAUAAGCUAAAUCUUACAGAAGACAUUGGCCAAGACGAUCACCAAACAGGAAGUCUGCGGUCUUGCAGUUCUUCAGACUGCUUCAGUAAAGUGAUGCCACCGAGGAAAAAGCGAAGACCUGCGUCUGGGGAUGAUUUAUCUGCCAAGAAGAGUAGACAUGAUAGCAUGUUUAGAAAAUAUGAUUCAACUAGAAUAAAGACUGAAGAAGAAGCCUUUUCAAGUAAGCGAUGCUUAGAGUGGUUCUACGAAUACGCAGGUACAGAUGAUAUUGUAGGGCCUGAAGGCAUGGAGAAAUUUUGUGAAGACAUUGGUGUUGAACCAGAAAAUGUAGUUAUGCUUGUCCUAGCCUGGAAGCUGGAUGCACAAAAUAUGGGUUAUUUUACUCUACAGGAAUGGUUAAAAGGAAUGACCUCUCUACAAUGUGAUACAACAGAAAAACUAAGAACUACUUUGGAUUACUUAAGAUCAUUAUUAAAUGAUUCUACAAACUUUAAACUUAUUUACAGAUACGCGUUUGACUUUGCACGGCAAUCAAAAUACAAAGUUAUUAACAAAGACCAGUGGUGCAACGUGCUAGAGUUCAGCAGGACAAUUAAUCUUGACCUUAGCAACUACGAUGAAGAUGGAGCGUGGCCCGUUUUGUUGGACGAGUUCGUGGAAUGGUAUAAAGACAAACAGAUGUCAUAG